GGUGCUUGUGUUCCACCCGGCGACAUUGCCAGUUGCCUAGGUGUCCAGAAUCGGGAUCUGCACGCCAUUGUGGAAAAGAGUUACUUACACAUUAUUGACUCUUAAGCCUGAGCUAGGAAUCUCUAGUCGACUUUCCUGAGUAUAAUAACUGAAGAAGAAACUGCCCCACAAUGGCUACGGACUCCUGGGCCCAGGCAGUGGACGAGCAAGAAGCUGCGGCGGAAUCGAUCGGAAGCCUUCAAAUAAAAGAGAAGCCAGAGGAAAAUGGAACGACUGCAAACGCAACAGACUCUGCAGCUGCAAAAUCAGAAGGAGAGAAGGCGGCAGAUGACGACGACAAAGAGGACAAAGCAGCACAGUCUUUAUUAAACAAGCUGAUCCGAAAUAAUCUCGUCAACACAACUAAUCAAGUGGAAGUUCUUCAGAAGGAUCCAAACUCUCCACUUUACUCUGUCAAGUCUUUUGAAGAAUUAAGGCUUAAACCACAGCUGCUUAAGGGAGUGUAUGGUAUGGGUUUCAAUCGGCCAUCCAAAAUCCAGGAAACUGCCUUACCGAUGAUGCUGGCUGAACCUCCACAGAAUCUGAUUGCUCAGUCUCAAUCAGGAACAGGAAAAACAGCUGCCUUUGUUCUGGCCAUGCUCAGCCAUGUCGACCCCAACAACAAAUACCCCCAGUGCUUGUGUGUGUCACCCACCUAUGAACUGGCACUUCAGACUGGUAAAGUGAUCGAGCAGAUGGGCAGAUAUUACCCUGAAGUCAAACUAGUCUACGCCAUUAGAGGGAACAAGUUGCAACGGGGCAUGAAACUGCAGGAACAGAUAGUUAUUGGCACACCUGGUACCAUGUUGGAUUGGUGCAGUAAAUUCAGGUUUAUAGACCCCAAGAAAAUUAAGGUGUUUGUGCUCGACGAGGCUGACGUUAUGAUCGCCACACAGGGUCACCAGGACCAGAGUAUACGCAUCCAGAGGAUGCUGCCUAAAAACUGCCAGAUGUUGCUGUUCUCUGCCACAUUUGAAGAGUCUGUGUGGAACUUUGCUCAACGCAUUGUGCCUGAUCCCAACAUAAUCAAGUUGAAGAGAGAGGAGGAAACACUGGACACCAUCAAACAGUACUAUGUGUUGUGUAACAGCAAAGAGGAAAAGUUCCAAGCUCUCUCUAAUAUCUAUGGAGCCAUCACCAUUGCCCAGGCUAUGAUCUUCUGUCAUACAAGGAAGACUGCAGGCUGGCUGGCAGGAGAGCUAUCCAGAGAAGGCCACCAGGUAGCGCUACUCAGUGGAGAAAUGCAAGUGGAGCAGAGGGCUGCCGUCAUUGAACGCUUCAGAGAUGGAAAGGAGAAGGUCCUGGUCACCACAAAUGUUUGUGCCCGAGGUAUUGAUGUAGAGCAAGUUUCUGUGGUGAUCAACUUUGACCUGCCAGUUGACAAAGAUGGUAACCCCGACAACGAGACAUACCUGCACAGGAUUGGCCGCACUGGUCGAUUUGGGAAAAGGGGACUGGCCAUUAACAUGGUGGACAGCAAGAUGAGCAUGAACAUCCUCCACAGGAUCCAGGAUCACUUCAAUAAAAAAAUUGAAAAACUGGACACGGAUGAUCUGGAUGAAAUUGAGAAAAUUGCCAGCUAAAGAAAAAGCUGUAUUUGUGUGAAGGACGCCCAGCUUCUUUCCCCCUCUUUGCUGUCCCAGGACUGUACGCUCCUGCAGUGUUUUAUUGCUUUUAUUUUAUUUUAUUUGUUUUGGGGUUUUUUUUAGUCGUCGGAGAAAAGAGCAAAACCACACACACAGCAUAUGUUUACAAGUGGAAAUGUCUCCUCUCAGACAAGUGUUUUGUAAGUCUCUGAUACAUACCCUAUUUCACUCUUUGUACUCCUUUAAAUAAAGUGUAUGAGUUUAAUGCUUUGUAUUGUGAUGCUGUAAAAGCAGGCAUAGUUGACUUUUUUUUUCUUUUUUUUUUAAAUUUCUUUAAUAUGUGGAUAAGAAUAACACUUUUUAGUGGUGGGCGUAGUGGUGGCAUGAUACAAGCUAUUCUGUAAAGAGAUUCAGAAAAAUCCUAAUAGAAAAAAAAUAUUCAUUUUAUGUGCCACAAAUAUUUUAAAGUAUAACUGAAUGUAACCGUAUCAUGUGGACUAUUACAGCUUUUAUCGUGCUUUUUUAUGAGUACCAAAAUCAGUACAAAGGGUGAAGUUGGGUAUGCUGCUCAGAGCUGUAGUUUUGAUUGUGUUACUGAAAUGGCGAAUGGUUGGGGUUCAAGGGUCUAUGCAAACUUAUCAACCUGUGAUAGCUACUAUCAAACACUAUUAACCUGUAUUCACAUGACACAAAUUAAUCCUGAAAUAACCUCAGCUUUAGCAUCAGGGUGUGUAGUCAAAUGCCAAAAAAAGGCUGCCUAGAGUGAUAACACAUUACUAACUCCAAGUCAUGGACAUUUAGAUGUUUCUGUGUUUAGCCAGUAAUUGAUCAUCUGCCAGCCACACAUCUCACACGCAUGCUAUUUAUAUCAUUUUUAACAACGCCGAAAUGGCCAUAAGGAUGAGCUUGGUGGCACUGCUAAGCAUUAGUCAUUAGUCUUCUUUCUUCCUUCAUCUCAUAAAACCAGAUUUUUAACUGAAAAUGUGACCGUUACGGUGAUGUUUCCUUUGUGUCUCACUGUCCCCACUCAAUCGUUUCAAUCAGGGUUUCAAGUUUGACUUUAGCUCAGCUACAUUUCUUCACCCAGACUGUGCUGUUAUUAAGGAUUGUGAGUUUAAAAAUUACGCAAUGCCUUCCUCAAGUGCAUUAUAUAUACAUAUGAUUUUGUUAUUGAUAUUUAAGCUACUGGGCUUAAAUUUCUGACUAACACUUGAAAUUUUGAUUAUAUAUUGAAUUAUGGGCGUCUUUAGGAUGUGUGAAUUAUCUUCUUGAAACCAAAUGCUGAAUUGACUUGAGGACCUAUGCUAAUCAGAUUUACUGUGUUGCUCCAACAUGGUCGCAAGGAUAGGAAAUGUGUACUUGUGUACAUAUUAAAAAAAAAAAAUUGUUAAAAAUAGUUUUACUGAAUUUUUGAGAUUGUCACUUCUAAGAAGUGCAGAAACAUUCCUCAUAAGGUUCAAUUUUGACAGACGCAGCACUUCGAAUAUGGUGAUAUUAAAUCAGUUAACCUUGCAUCAGUUGGAUGACUGUACAAAAAUCAAGAACAGAUAUGUGAUGUCUGGUGUAUUUGAUCACUGCGCUGGAACAUUAAGACCGGUGACUGGUCAACCUGAACCUUUUACAAACCUCAUCUGGCUCCCAGCGGCACAGAGAAGACUGUCGGUGGUAGUGCGGAUUUUAUGGACUAUUUAUGGACAACUUGUUGAAAAUCACUCAAUGAACAGAUGCAGCCAAAUUAGAAGGAAGUGACCUCAAGUUUGCUGAAAAUCCACAGGAAUAUAGUCUGUGAAGACUUUUGGGUAAAGAAGCAGUGUAUGCAGUUUUAUUCGGACAUUCGGAUGUAUAUGUUAUCAGUGAGUGUGUGCACUUUGUCGAUCCAUAAUGUAACGCCACUGUAUGAGACCCGUGGACACAAAGCAGUUUUGGCUAUAGAACUUCACACUUUUGCCCACAUGUUGUACACCUUGUUUGAUAAUUCUUGACAACCCACAAAACCCAUUUAUAAUUGUGCACAUUGCCGAAUCAGGCUUAAGGCAAGUUGUCUGUUGUAACCUAAAGAUCUUGUGUAGACAGUGAUAGGUUCAAGGGAUGUGUUCUUCUGUAGCUAAGCUGCGUUCAUGGACACAGAUAUGUACUCUUAAUAUGUUGAAUUAAAUGAACAUCUAGCUGUUCA